AUGAGUCAAUUGCGAAAAUCCGUUGUCAAAUCUCGAUUGGCAAGACUGCCCCCCGACCAUCCCAUGCUUGACGAAGUCCAGGAACAUGUGCUACAGGGCGCUGGAGGGCAUGGUGAAGAGGAUGAUUCCUCCUCAGCAUCAUCGGCGUCGUCGACGGGCACUGUGCGGCCGUCUCCUAGCCAGAACCUAUUUGCGAGGCCCAGUGGGACACAAGCAGGAAGAGGGGAUCUCUCUUCCCUUCCGUGGACUGGCUUUUUCGAGAGAGAACUGUUUAUCGAGGAAGAUAUUGGCGAUCUGAACCUGAUUCAUCAUGCUUAUAUCAGCCCGCCCACGGAUUCUGGUCCGCUGUUUGUCACACAUCACGGAGCAGGAUCGUCGGGGCUAUCAUUCGCUGCUUGCGCGCAGGAAAUCAGAAAGAUAUUGCCAACAGCGGGAGUUCUAUCCUUGGAUGCACGCAACCAUGGAUGUACUAUUUCCAAGAUUGGGACGCGGGUCGAUGAUUCCAAUGAAGAUAGCAAGGUUGAAUUGGAUUUGAGCCUUGAAACGCUGAGCCGUGAUUUAGUGUAUGUCAUUAAUCAAACAAAAGUGAAAAUGAAUUGGGAUGUUAUUCCACCUUUGGUUCUUGUUGGACACAGCCUUGGUGGCGCCGUAGUUACGGAUGUCGCUAGGAAUGGUGAACUUGGGUCUAACGUCCUCGCAUAUGCGGUGCUAGACGUUGUGGAAGGCUCUGCUAUGGAUGCCCUUCAAAGCAUGGAAACAUACCUCUCAACUCGCCCAUCUAGUUUUCCUUCCUUACUAGCUGGGAUUACAUGGCAUCUGCGAUCUCGAACCAUCCGAAACACUACUUCGGCUCGCGUUUCUGUUCCAGGCCUGCUCCGCGAAGACCCUACAGAUUCUACUCGCCCAUGGAAAUGGAGUACGGAUCUAGAAGCUACAAAGCCCUUCUGGGAGAAUUGGUUUAUCGGCCUGAGUAAAAAGUUCCUUGAAGCCCAAGGAGGAAAAUUACUUCUCCUGGCGGGAACUGACAGGCUGGAUAAAGAAUUGAUGAUUGGACAGAUGCAAGGAAAAUAUCAAUUACAAGUUUUCCCUGAAGCCGGACAUUUCGUUCAUGAGGAUCAACCGAGCAAAACAGCUCAGAUCCUGGUAGAUUUCUACAAGCGGAACGAUAGAAGCGCGCUUGUCUUUCCCCCUAAAGUUGGAGAUAUAAUGGCUUCAAAGGCGAUGGCCAAUGGACUUGGAAUGCCAUGA